AUUAUUUUUUGGUUAUCCUUCAGUCUAUUUACCAAUGGAAAAUGCCUAUCGAAUUGCGUUUUGGCAUUUAAAAUUCGGUAAUCGUGACUUUACGAGAGUGAACGAUCUAUUAGUACCUAAAUUCCUUGUUUCUUUGUUCAAAAAUUAAAGUUUUUUGGUAUAUUUUAUAAAAAGAUUUAUGUUAAUUCUUUAGAGAAACUUGUUUUGUGAUAAUAUGAAGUGUUAAAAGUGAUUAUUAUUUCUAUGAUACCCAUAAAUUCUUUCCAAUUUAUCGAAGAAGCCCGCUUAUAUUGUCACCAUUGAAUAUCUCUAUCAGCUGUAAUUUAUUUUCACCAACUUUUUUUUAAUAUACUAAGCGUCUUCGGUAUUGUCAUUAUAAUUUUGUUGUGUUGUUCGAUUAUUAAUUUAAGUUAUUCAUGAUGUUCAGUUGCUUUUGUCUUAAUAUUCACAUUGAGACCGCUUCAAAUGACUUCCAAAAGAUUAUGACAGAAUCAUUGAAUCUAAAUGAAGAGGAGAAGAACGAUGUAUUUUUUGAGCAAGAACUGUUGCAAGUUGUAAAGUUGAAAAAUAUAACUAAAGUUUUACCUACAAUGGUACAAACGCGGACUGUUGGACAUUGGAAUAUAAAUUGUUGUUUAAAUUGCUUAAAAGAAACUUAUGCUGUGCAUAGAGAUAAAGGAGCAGCCUGUGUAGUGAUGUCUUCAAAAUUAUUGGAUUCCAAAUCAAUAGAGAAAAUUAGGAAUGAACAAUUAGCAAUUUCUAAGGUUUUCAAUGUAAUUAUAAAUCCGGGUGAUAUUAGUGAAAACAUCAAUGUUAUAAAUUUAUACCCAAAUUGUGACUAUGGAUCCAUUAUUAAAAGUAUUAGGGAAGUUACAUCAGAGUUUUUGAGGAAGGAGAUGGUGGCCGUUGAGGAAAGGAUUAAGAAAUAUUCCGAAGAACAAUAUGAAAUAUUGAACAAUUUAAAAGAUACGGCUUAUGAAGAACAUGAUUCAUUAGUAACAUUAGUUCAACGAUUUUCUGAAAAAACUAAACCAACAAGUACAAAUCAUUUCAUGGAGUCUACACAGUUUCGGGAAUCUCUAGCAAAACCUUUCAAUUUAACUGAACCAAUUAGUUUGAAGUCAAAUGAAAAGGCAAAACAGGUGAGACAUACGCCAAAAAAACAAAAAAGUUCGCCAGCAGUACCAGUAACAUCCUAUGAUGCCGAAGGCCUAUUUGACUUUGAUGGUAGUGAUGAUGUUAAUUCAUUUUCGGAAAGCGACGUUGGAGAAAGUGACAGAGAUGAUAGUAAAGAUGAUCGUAUGAACAUACCAAGACAAAGAUCUCUGAGAGGGAGUAUAGCAAAAUCUUUACCUAUGAAUAUUCCAACGUUUCUUUCUCAAGCUAGGAAUCCAUCUUCUGAAGAUUUGGAUGAUAUGCCUCAAGAUGAUAAUAUAGACAUAGCAGCUAGUAUAAAAGCACUGGCCAAAAGUGUCCACGGUGAUACUGUUUUUGGGGAACUACCUCGUCCAAGAUUAAGUACGCAAAUAUAGAAUUUUCUCAUCUUCCAAAUGAUGCUUCCAGUAAAAAAAUCACCAAGUAUGGCAAUUUGAAAAUCCGCAAGGUAAAAAAAUGGUUAUUGUGAGAUCAUAAGGAUUAAAGUGACAUGUGUUAAUUGUAGGGUAUAAGAAAUGAGUUUUUUAUUUGUUUUGUUUGGCAUGUUAAUAAUCGAAGUUAUGUGGAAAGUUUGGAUUGGCAAAAAUGUAAUUUUCCUCAAUAUUGAAUUUUUGAUUCAUAUUUUAAUGAAUGCUAAUUACUUAGUCAGAUCUUUUCCAAAAAUCAGCUGUCAUACUUCUUUUCUUGUAUGUAUUUGUUACUUACUAUGAUGUAUCGGUGAUUGUAUUUUGUAUUGAUUAGUUACAUUAUGUCUCGCAACUCAAUUUCAUGCAACAAAAUGGGUUUUUUGAUGGUUUGAUAAAAUAGCUAAUUUUCGAGUUAUGGCCCAAAUUUCCUGCCAAGUAGUCAGUACAGUUCUUUAUAACAGUCCACUUACUAUUCAUUAAUAUAUUAUAAAUCAAUUUUAUAUGUUUGAACUAUUUUAAGUGUUAGUUAUUGUUAUUCUGCCCAUCUAAAUCCAUAAUGAAGAAACUGAAUUUUUCCACUACACAUCAAAAAAACUUUGAUGACUUGUGUUUUAUCAGAGAUUAAUCUGAAUGUAUCAUAAAAACAAUAGAACAAAAAUAUCAAUUUGAUAAAUAAAAUACACUUUUGUGAAUGAUUUUAUAACUAGUGCAUGUAAAUAGUAUUAAAAAAUCAAUAUUUUAUAAAACUAUUUUUCUCUUAUUGAAAAUUAGGGGAAAUUUAUGAAAGAUAAUGUAUUCAUAUUAUCUAUUGGGAUGGAUUGUUCUUCAUUCCAGUCCGUAUUUUAUUUACCUUAUUUUGCCACCUUUUUAUUGGUCUUCAUUUAUAACUCUUAUUUGAUUUAAUUGUCCCAUGGGUUGUGCUUUUAUGUAUUUCAAAAUAGAUUUAGUUAUUCUUUUACUUCUUUAUUCCAUUUCUGAUUAUGAUAUUUUUUCUUUGUGUGUAUUUUUGAUAUCUUUUGUUAUUUUUGAUGCUUAUAGGAUUGCUGGUCCAAUGUCAUAUGUCUUAUAUUUUAAGCCUUUCCCUUCCUAUAAGUAGUAUCACUAAUAUCCAAGUAGAGAUUUCAGUUUGCUUUUUCUUUCCAUUCAUAUACUCCUGCUUUUUCCAAGUCAAAACCUUUUCCAUUAUUUUUUCCUCCCUCAUUAUCGGUUACUCUUCCCCACAAUAUGUUUAUUUGCAUUACCAUUAAUGUUCUGGAGUGGAUGUACCCGAAAAUAGGUUUGUCACUAAUUUAUUUUAGUUAAAGCUUGUUUCGAGGUACCUAAAUUACAGACUUUCCUUUAACUCAGUUUAUUUUAUCCUGAAAAUUUGUGAAAGACAUUUUUGUCAAUGAUAAUUAAGGGAGUUACUUUAUUUUUUUUUUUGUAAAAUAAAAACAAUUAUAUUAUUUAUGUGUUAUCCUAAAUUUGGUGCAGUAUCCACCUAUAACCUUCAAUUAUGCCUUAUUAAAUAAUAAGUGGAUAUUUGUUUUUAAUUAUUGUUUGAAAAUAUAUGAAAGUCUAGUCCCGAAUCGGCUGCUAUGUUUUGUUCCCCUUUUUAAAUAUGUUGUAAUUCCUUAUUUUUUCUUUAAAUAUCUGUGCCAUAAUUAUUGGUUUGCUUCCUAAAAAUUUUUUUAAUGAUUAUAACGAGAUGCGAAAAAUAUUUUAUUUUGAAAUGCUACGAUGGUUAUAAGGAAUUUCAUGAUUAGAAUAACCUGCUACAUAAAUUAUUUUAUUAUUUUUCAUGUAGUUUUUGGUAUAAAAAACUGAAUAUUUUUAGGUUCAGGUUUUUCUUUUUAUUUUUUCCACGCUCGGAGGGUACAUAUAACAGGGGGUAGCAGUCUUCCUCGAAGUUCUCUAUCUUCUGUGUUAGUAACUUUCAUUAAUCUUAGCUUUAAUUUCUUCGGAAGAUUCGUUUGAGCUACUUUCUGUUGCAACUGAGGAUGGAUUAAUAAGUUUGAUAUAUCUCUCAAAAAAUGUCGUCGACGUAAAUCAUUUUUAUCGAUAUUGUUAUCUUUGUAAAUGUAAGUUGGAAAUUGAUUCCUGUAACAUACAACAUUGUAAAAUAUCACCAUGGGCCAUCUUUUAUAUUUGGUAUAUAUGGAAGGAUUGGUAAAUCGUCGAUGAAGCCAAACGUACUUGUGUGGAUAGGUCUUUUAGUACGUUUUGAAAAUUCCAUUGUCAAUUCAACUUUAUUUUUUCUUAUUGUUCCAAUUACUGGGAAUGUACUGACGAAAAAACCAUUUUCCUCUAAAUGCUGAAAGCAUCUCAUCAAUGGUGAUAUAGGUCGAAUAAUUAUAACCAUUUCGAAAUUUUUUUUACAAAUUUAUCGAAUAUUGAACGAAUGGAAGCUAAUUUAUCAAAUUUUGUUCGAUCUGAGCAUGUUUCUUUGUCAUCAGAUCGUAUGAAAUGUACAAGAAAUCGGAACUUCUGCAAACUCAUUGCAAGGAAAAACAUUUUUAAGCCAUAUCCAUCUCUUCUGCUAAGCUGAUAUUAUCCUGAUUUGAUCUAAUAGUUUUUGGCUAAGUUAGGUUAGGUUAUAUUUUUAGUUGUUCUUCGUCCAUAUUUGUUAGUCUCAUUGUUUCAGCGGUGUUUGUAACUACUGGUUUUAUCGCAGUAUCGUAGACUCUUAAUUUCGUUGCUCGGCUUAUUCUCUUGCCCUGCAUUAUAAUUUUGUAUUGCAAGAAUUCUUUGUCUUGUCUCAUUUUUUGUUUUGUUUAUAUUGAUUAUCAUUGUUUCUAAGUACUUAAAGGUGUCGAUUACUUCGAAGAUAAGGUCAUUUAUCUUUACUGUUUCUUGUUGUUGAACUUCUUCCUUUCAAUUUCCUUAUAUUUAGUCUUUUUCUGAUUUAUUUUCAAUUUUCUUUUUCCUGCCUCCCUUACAAUUUUUUCUAAUGUGCUCUCAAGACUCUCUCGGUCACUUGCUAAUAGAUUUAAAUCAUCAGCAUAUGCUAUUACUUGUAUUGAUUUAUUAAUGAUACUUCCAUCUAUUUUACAUUCCCUUAUUAAGCCUUCAACUGCAAUGUUAAACAAUAUCGCUGAGAGUCCGUUACCCUGCCUUACACCAGCAUUUAUUUUAAAUUCCUCAGAUGGUCCAUUUUUUGUUAUUACCCUUGCCUCAACACCUUGCAUAUCUGAAAUUUCCUGUUUAUAAUCACUUUCAUGAAUCACAAAUUCCUCAUUGUCCCGUUCCUUUUUUAUCGGAUUCAUCUUCAAAAACAAUUUAUUCACUAUCACUAUCAUCUUGUCCUACAUCAUUCAGUGGUUUUUGCAAAUAUGCUUGCUCCUUUUCAUUUUUCUGAAAUAGAAAUUGAAUAACAAAAAUAUCUAGAAAAUUAUUUUUUCAUACAAAUUUGUAUCUUUAGUUAUUGCGCCGGCCUGAGAUACUAUAACUCGACAGACUAUCACGCACCAACUGCCAAAAAUUGACUGAACUUCGAUCUUAAUGAUAAAGGUACUAGUCCGUUCAGCCAAAUAGGGUACAAAUCUUAUUGUUAAUAACAUAAAAAGGGAUGGCCUGCUCUCACAGACAAUGGCGCGACUACCGGAAGGUUAAUAUAGAUCCCAUUAUCCAUUUUACUCAAUAUUUUAAUAUCUUUAAUUUUAUCAUAGAAAAUAAAAUUGUUUUAAUUUGUGAAUAUCUAUUAAAAAUACGAGGACAUCAAAAUUACUUUGAAGAAAAUUCAAUAAAAAUGAAAAUUUUGUCCCAAAAUAUUUACCCUUUCAAGUUCAUAUUGUCUACAUUGUCGUCAUUCUUCAUUAAAACGACAAAUAAAGCACUUUAACUUGUAAGUGACCACAAAAGACUAAUCUGAUGGAUUUCAAAUCAACAGUAUCCGGCCGAUUACAUUUGUGCGGAAGCGUUUAUCGUAGGUCAAGAAUUUUAAAUAUAGGAAAAAAAUCAGUGCAGCUCGUUGCGAAGGGUCUACUUUGCAACAAAAUAGGCCGCGGUUUAUAACAACACGGAUAUUUAACAUUAAAUGGGCGUACAAUUAACUAGACAUAGGUUUUUAUCUCACGUCAAGUGAACAGCACUUGGGUACAGAAUCUGUUGUUUGGAUUAUUAGGAACACCUAAACAUUCGCGUCCAAUCUUUCGGGCUCAAAUAUAUUUAUUGCCUGUGAACAUAGUUUCAUAUAUUCACAACAUCGGAUGCAAAUGGCUAAAGGUGGGGGGUCUCAAACAAGCCUUAUAUAAUAAUAUAUGUCUGUGGUAUAUAUGUAAUAGUAAAAAUUUUAGGAUUCCUUGUGAAAUCUAUAUAUUAUAUAUUUAUGGUCUUCUUCGACAACGCUGUAGCCUAAUCAAUGUAUUUACCUUGUGAAAACUGGUAUUUUUGAAUAUAUAAAAAAAAUAUUGACAUUUAUUAUUUUUUGCAUCUCGUUGUACAAUUGGCUUCUUCAUAUCAUUUUAUUGAUUUAAUUUAUAUAAGAUAUUUGCAACUAUUUUUUCUUGUUGCUUUUUUGCAAUAUCUUGUAUGUUUGCUGUGUUGAUGUAGGAUCUAUUACUUUGAUCUGUUAUUUUAGUUUACUUUUUUUAUAAUUAUUAUUGCUUAUUGUAAAAUGUAAAUAAAGGCAAAAUAUAUAAAAAACACUGAAAUGUACAAUUAUAGUUUGUAAUUUUUUAGAAUUGUAUUAUUCAUUAUACAUUUAAUUAAAAGACAUACAAAAGUUA